GAGACGGGCCUGAAAACUUUGACAAAGACACAAGUUGUUCAGAAACAAGCAGAGCCAGAUCAGGUGGACGUAGAAUUUGCAGUGAAGAGACUCGAGUUUAAGAAGUUUUUGGAGGCUCUGGCUUUAAGAAGGUCCGAACUAGAAUAUAAACAACAGCAGGACCGACAGAAAAGAAUCAAGUUUGAGAAGUUUGUUUCUGAGAGAGAAGCGAAGCGGCGUGAAGCACUGAAGACGUGCGAAGCCACGCAAGAGCAGAACAUCUUGAAGCAGAGAGAGAUAGAAGAGCUGACAGAACAACUGAAACAACUCAAAACAAGGAAGCACAGUUUGAAGGAGAAGACGGAAAAACACAAAAUCUACAAGGACUUUGUGAUGAAAACACAGGAUCAUCUUCCUAGGAAUUCCCAUGAUAGUGGCUAUGAAUCUUCUGGAAUGCCCAUUAUUCGGCACCAUGAGAUCCUGUCUGCCACCAAUCAGAAGCUACAACAAAGUUUGGCACAAAUGGAGGAAGAGCUUGAGCAGAUAAAGCGACAACGUCAGACCAUGAAGCAGGAAAAAAACGUUAGAAAACUGCUGGCCAACAAAGAACUUUCUGAACUGCAAAGUGAGUUUGAAACCCUCAACCAGAAGAACAAACAAGCAGAGUUUGACUUGUUCAUGAAGCAAGAUGUGUCCAGAGAGAAGGCUAAAGAGACGGGGAAAUUACUUUUGGCCAUCGAAAACCUUGCACAGCUGUGUUACCUUCCAGCAUACGGACCUCUGGAAAAAAUGGACGUACUGACGAUGAUGGACAUGGUGCAGGAGUACAUUCUGGACAAGUCGGACACAGUAAGAAGAGCCAGGCAAACCACGGAGCACGGCUUGACGGCGACAAGUACAGCAGCUCUGAYCCACAAAAAUGAGAAGGGAUUCACGAAAAACACUGACUAAAACACUACUUAAAAGUUCAAGUAAAGUCAGUAAAUAAAKUGACAUUUAAACAAUGUUACUGUUGUUUGUUCAUAUCUGAUAACUCAAAAUGAGGCUUUACUUGCAUGAAUGUUCUUAAAUGUUUGUUUUUGGUUUUGUUUAAAUGUGUACCACACAUUUAAGUGUUUUAAAUGGAUUUGCACCUUAAA